AUGGUUGUUGAUACACGUGAUUUUAGUGCUAAGUCGACCUUUUCUGAUGGAGAGAGGAGCAAGUCGUCUAGUCACCGUUCUCAGCAUCGACGGAGGGGGAAUCAAGGGAUUAUUCCGGCAGUAGUCCUUAGCUUCCUUGAGUCCCAACUUCAGAAACUAGACGGCGAGAAUGCAAGACUCGCAGACUACUUUGAUGUGAUUGCAGGGACGAGCACAGGGGAAGUUGGAAACACAAGGUUGCGCCAGACAUUAACUAACAUUGUUGUUCCAACUUUUGACAUCAAGCAGCUCCAGCCAACUAUUUUCUCAAGCUAUCAGGUGAAGAAUAAACCAAGCCUAGACGCUUUACUGUCAGAUAUAUGCAUAUCAACUUCAGCUGCCCCGACUUACCUCCCUGCACAUUAUUUUGAAACGAAGGAGCCCUCAGGGAAAGUGAGGGAAUUCAAUCUCGUUGAUGGUGGAGUAGCAGCCAACAACCCGACUCUAGUUGCCCUUGGUGAAGUGAGCAAGGACAUUCACAAGGGUAACAGCGACUUUUCUUCCGUGAAGCCAACAGAUUAUGCCCGGUUCCUUGUCUUGUCAGUAGGAACCGGCUCGGCGAAAACCGAGAACAAAUACUCGGCAAAUUCAGCUGCCAAGUGGGGAUCUUUGGCAUGGCUGGUCAACGGUGGAUCUACUCCAUUGAUUGACGCUUUCACUCAAGCCAGCGGCGACAUGGUCAACUUCCACCUUCGAGACGACACAUUAACGGGGGAUGUGUCUUCAGUUGACAUAGCAACCAAGGAAAACAUGGAAAAGCUUGUAGAAGUUGGAGAGAGAUUGCUGAAGAAGCCGGUUUCAAGGAUGAAUUGGGAUACCGGCUUAUUAGAGCCCGCCGAUGAGGAAUUACUAACGCUGGCAAAAACUCUGUCCAAAGAGAAGCGCCUCCGCCAGGACUUCAAAUCAUCACACAACUUUGAGGAUUUGUGA